AUGGCUUUCUGGGGAAUUGAGGUGGAACCAGGCAAACCGUAUUUUCAUUAUUCUGACGACGAAAAGGGAAGACUUCACGUGUCCCAGGCGGCAUUAGGUGCAGGGUCCUCCACUAAGAGUAGUAUUCUGCAGUGUAAGGUGGGAGAUAAAAAACCCAUUUGCUUGUGUUCAUUGUUACCGGAAAAGAUCGAGACUUGUGCGUUGAACCUUGAGUUUGAGGAAGGCGAGGAAGCCACAUUUUCAAUUAUUGGCUCUCACAGAAUUGAAGUGGAACCAGGCAAACCGUAUGUUCAUUAUUCUGACGAGGAGAAGGGAAGACUUCACGUGUCCCAGGAGACAUUAGGUGCAGGAUCCUCCACUAAGAAGAGAAUUCUGCAGUGUAAGGUGGGAGAUAAGAAACCCAUUUACUUGUGUUCAUUGUUACCGGAAAAGCUCGAGAAUUGUGCAUUGAACCUUGAGUUUGAUGAAGGUGAGGAAGCCACCUUUUCAAUUAUUGGCUCACACAAUGUGCGUCUUUCUGGAUUUUUCUAUGGAGAUAAUGAAAAUCAGGAUAACCUUGAAGAUGAUUAUGGAUUGUAUCCUUCUGCUUUUGUGGGCUAUGUCUCCGCCGUAGCCAAACGACCAAGGGAUGGAUCUAAAGAGUUGCUCGUUUUCGAACCUCUACUCCUAAACGAGGCCAGUUCGUCAAGGCUGCCGAUCUCGUCCGGCAAAUGCCAAUGCCACCAUGAUGAAGCAAGUUCGCAUCGACGUCGACCUGAACCACACUGGGUUUCCGUCGGGCACCGUGAAUCUCAAUCAUGUUCUUAG